AUGCCUACAUCAUGCUAAUCAAAGGAUAGUCUUCUUGGAUAAUCUGAUAGGGCAAGAUUUUCUAGUGCCCUUUAAAGUUUAGCCUAUAUAUUUGAUACUGGAAAGUGCUUACCUUAAUAUAAAGAGAGAUUAGCCGAAAAUUUCGAUUUUUCAUCUUUUUAAAGCCAUGAUUCCUAUAUAUCAAGGCCAGAAUAGGUUAUAAUGAAGCUGAAAUUGAUGAAAAUGGAAUAUAGGUAGGGACGAGUCAGAGAAUAAGAGGAAAAUUAAAGAAAAUCGAAGAUGAUGAGAUUUGAGGCAAGUACACUCGAAAAUGCACAAGUAGAUUUUACCCUAAUCAAAAGUACAAAAAAAUACGACUUAAACAUAAAGCCAAAGAGCUUAAGAAUCUUCAUUUUCCCCCAUUAGGAGCAGUCCAGAGGCGCAGAGAAAGCGUACGGGAAAAAUAAGAAAAGAAAUAAAAAGCGCAAAUCUAAGCUCUCAAAGUCAAUCGCCACAAAGGGUUUUAAAAAGCCAAAGCUAGCCAACUUAAAGAAGAAUAAACUUGGAAAACGCAAGUUAGAUAUUAAAAAGAAAAUCUAAAAUGGAUUUGAUUUCAUUAGCCAGCCUCUGAAAGCUUUGGGCCUUCCACCAAAACAAGGUAGGCCGGCGAAAGAUGCCACGAGAUUAGGGUUUGGUGGAUUAGGUCAGGAUCUGAGGAACCCUCGAAGUUCAGGACUUGGUGAGUUAGUAAACAAGCGAGCUCUUACUUCCCUGAUUCAAGGUCAUGAUGCUUAUUACGGUUAGCAAAUUUCACCAUUUGCAACUUAGACACUGAGCUCGCUUCAGAGAUAAGAUAAGCCGCAAAUCCAGAGCUUCUAGCUUAAACGUUCAGAUAAGUUUGAAAGAGAAAAAUAACUACUCCUAAUUCUCGAUGAUAUGCUUGAGUAAAUUAAACAUUUCUCACUGGAAGAUAAGAUAGUAGACUUCAUCAAGAUCUCAGAAAACCUUUAGCACUACAACCUGUCGCCCAAGAUCUGCAUUAGAUGGUGGGAUAACCUAAAAAAGAAGCUUAAGGAUCUAUACAAGAGGGAAAAUGAGUUUUAGGCUCUUUGUAGGAAUGAAGUGAAUGUUGAUUUUUGGACAGAAACAAUUCACAUGUUCAAAUUAAGAAUUAAAGCCUAUGAAAAUACAAUCAAUAAGAAUAUUUAAGAUCCUAACCCAGAGGAAUAGAGUUCUCUAUAGGAGAUAUCCUAGAGUAAAAUGAAUGAGAUGACUUUAUUUAAGAAAGAGGAGGAUAGAUUUGAAGACAUGAUUUAGAGUUAUUUCCAACUUUUCGAUCAACCAAACAAAUUUGUUCAAGUAAUGGAGGAUCUCCAAUUAAAGGUCAAUGAUUCUAGCGAUAUUGUUUAGUAAAUAGACAAAAAUAAUAAAUAAGAAGAAAAGAUUACUUAGAUAGAUAACAUUCUAAGUGAGCUAUUGGCAGAAAUUCAGGACAUUGAACUUGAAAGAGAAGACCAAGUUCAAAGCUUUAAAUCAAUAACUAACUAAAACUAACAAGUUAAUUAAGAAAAUAACCAAUCACUAAAUGUGGAAACACUACCAUGGACAAACCAAGAGAUAUCUAGCCUUAUAAGAGGAGUCUUUAGAUUUGGUGAGAAUGAAUGGAGUGAACUACUUGAGGAUAUAGAUGUGCAUUAGACAAGAACAGCCAACCAAAUUGCUUUGAAGUGGCGCUAAAUAAAAUAAAUAAUGAGAAAAGAUAUUAAGAGAGUAUUAUAAGAAACCAAAUUUGAUAAGAUUAUAACUAAGCAUGAAUGGAUGAUAGCAGCUCUUGAGUUACUCGAGCAAGAUCAGCCUAAUCUUAGAGAUGAGUCCCCUUCUCAACUCUAUGAAGUCUUAUUUAUUGAUCCCAGCAAACUUACUCCUUAUUAAUAUUCACAACUUGAACAGUAAAGAUAGCAAUAAAAAAACUAGGAUCAAAGCUCCAACAUAAAAAAGCUGAAGUUUAAACAAUUCGGUAGUAAUAUUGACUUAAUAAAAAAUGCUCUAUAGAGUGUUGCGGGUGAUAUGUCAAUGGAAGAGAAUAAAGAAUUCUCAAAGCUUCACUAAGACUAAUAAAUAACUCAAGGAGUUAUUGAUCUCAAAGAAUUCGCCCCACAUCUAUUAGAUUCUAACACUAACCUAAAAAGAUCUUAUUCCUUAAACUCAGCCAUGCCUGGAGGAGUAGGAGUAGGGUAAAAUUAGUAAACUACUACUGGGGGAUCCGCCAAAGAUUAAGAAUUUGUAAAAAUUAUUUAGCAAUUAUAUUAACAAUAGACCUCUGAUUCUAUGAAGUUUUUGAAUCCCGGAUUCACUAAUUAGAUUCAAGGUCACAGAAUGUACUCCAACUUUGCCUUUGGUGAUAAUAACCUUCUAAUGCAGCCUCCUUAAAACCAAAUAAUACCAAAAUAAUUCCCGGAAAAUAUCAAUGAUAAGGCGAAAAGCUACAAUCAAUUACUCAACAAUCGCAGAGAUUAAACUUCUACUUCUAUUUAAUAAACUUCAUCCCUUCCAAAUGGUGUACUUGAGUUCUAAGCACCUUAGAAAAAGAUAAAUGAUGAUUCACUUAAUCUUAAGAAGCUACUCCUACAAAAUAAUCUACAAAGAUAAUAGCAGAUCUAGCAUUAGCAAAGAAACAUGCCAGCUCCUAUCGAAAGCCAUGUGAAUAAUGUGAAUCCUGAGCCACCUGUAAUAAAGCCAAAUACUCUAAAAUAUGUCGCACCUCCUCAUAUUUAAAAGGAGAGUGGUGGAAUGAACGGCCAUGCAAGCCCGAAAUUUGACAAGGCCAGUUCAAUUGGUCAAGGUGGCACAGUUUUCAGCAAGCCUCAGCUAACUCAUUCAAAGUCUUUUGGGUAGGGAAAUACGAUAAUAAAUAACUACUUUAUACAAAAUAACAUCUAAGUUAGUAAUUAUUAGAGCUUCUACCAUAGUGGAAACCCCCUAAUUGGAAAUAUCUAAUAAAAUUUGAACGGAAUAAACAGCUAGAACAUCAAAGGGAAGGACUAAGUUCAUAAAUAAUCGAAUCAAGGUCACUAGAAUGAUAAAAAUAAAUGA